GAGGAUGUCACCAACCCUGAGCCUCACGAAGACAAGAGAAGCCUCUGGGUGUCUGAGCCUGCAGAUGGUCCCAAUACAGUGAAGAGCAACCUCACUGUACAGGAAUAUUUUGCCAAAAGGAUGGCCAAACUGAAAGGAUCUCAGAAGGAAACAGAAAUAAAGGGAGGCAGCUCCUGCCCCUCAGCUGAGGAAACUUUGGAGCCUUCAGAAGAACUGAAAACCAAAGUCAAAAAGAAAAAGAAGAAGCAGAAGAGAGAUGAGGCAGAGAGCACAGAGCACGGUGAGAAGGCAAAGGUGGAACAGCCUGAGACAGGUAGCGUGGCUGGAGAGGAACUGGAUGCUCCAUUAAAUCCCCAUGUCUCAGGGAAAAAGAAAAGGAAGCAUAAAGAGGAAGGGGAAAGCAUUACUGGUGAUGAAAAUAUGGGCAGUGGAGAAAUUUAUACAGGGCUGUGUGAUGGGGGAGAUCCUGGCAUGAAGGACUGUGAGAGAAAGCAAAAGAAAUGCCAUAGGAAGAAGCACAAAAGGCAAAAAGAGCAGGCAGAGGAGGGUAUAGAAGGAGGGCAGAGGAAGAAAAAGAAGCACCACAAGCACAUUUAA